AUGGGUAUAAAGGAUCUAUCGAAAGUGAUCGGUGAUCACUCGCCGGCUGGUAUACGACUUAAAGAAUUCAAGGGAUAUUUUGGUCGCAAAGUAGCGGUAGAUGCAUCGAUGUGUCUCUACCAGUUCCUCAUUGCGGUUCGGCAGGAUGGAUCACAACUUCAGACAGAAAGCGGUGAAACAACCAGUCAUCUUCUUGGAAUGUUUUAUCGAACUAUUCGAAUGAUCGAUAAUGGAAUAAAACCAGUGUAUAUAUUUGACGGUAAGCCACCGAAAAUGAAAACGAGUGAAUUAGAGAAACGUACUGAGCGAAGAACCGAAGCAGAAAAGCAACGAAAUGAUGCAUUGGAAUUGGGUGAUGAGGCAUCCGUCAACAAAUUUGAAAGACGUCUUGUAAAGGUUACAAAAGAACAAAAUGAAGAAGCUAAGCGGCUGGUAACGUUGAUGGGAAUUCCAAUAUUAGAUGCUCCAUGUGAAGCGGAAGCUCAAUGUGCUGCUCUUACGAAAACUGGUAAAGUGUUUGCUACGGUUUCAGAAGAUGUUGAUGCAUUGACUUUUGGUUCACCUGUUCUUUUGCGUCAAAUGUUAGCAAGUGAAGCAAAAAAGCUGCCGGUGAAGGAAAUGAAUUUGAGUCAAGUUUUGAAAGAUUUCGAAAUGAAUAUGGAACAAUUUGUAGAUCUGUGCAUUCUGUUGGGUUGCGAUUAUGUACCAACUAUUCGAGGCAUUGGUCCGAAAAAGGCAUUUGAGCUUAUUAAGAAACAUGAAUGCAUCGAAAAUGUUCUCGAGACAAUUGAUCAAACGAAAUAUCCGAUACCCAAAAAUUGGCAAUACAAGGAAGCACGACGACUGUUUUUGGAACCGGAUGUCAUGAAUUGUGAAAAUCUUGAACUGGUUUGGAAGGAACCAGAUGUUGAAGGAAUUGUACAAUUUCUAUGUGGUGAAAAAAGUUUUAAUGAGGACAGAGUGAGGAGUAGCUUAACUAGGAUGCAGAAAGGACGUCAAGCUGCACAGCAAGCUCGUAUCGAUUCAUUUUUUUCGGUAAGUAAAGUAGUUACAUCUGAAACAACGAAAAGAAAAAAUGAAGAGGAGAAAAAUAAUUUGAAAAAGCGAGGACCAAGUUUGGGCAAAAAAACGAAAAAGUAA